AUGAGCACGAACAGAGGCCCGAAUCUCGAUCCGGACGUGAAUCUAAACAACGAUAUCUGGGACUUGUACUCAAGCGCCCAGAAAAUAUUGCCCAACUCUAAGCGUAUUCUGAACCUUUCUUGGCGUUUGCAUAACCGCACGUCUUUCCAUCGAAUCAACCGUAUAAUGCAACAUUCAAACUCCAUCAUGGAUUUCUCCGCGUCGCCCUUUGCCAGCGGCGUAAACGCCGCUGGCGCCUCCACCAACAAUGACCUCGAUGACACUGACACUGAUAAUCAACAGUUCUUCCUUUCGGACAUGAAUCUCAAUGGUUCGUCCGUUUUCGAGAAUGUUUUUGACGACGACGAUGACGAUGAUGACGUGGAGACUCACUCUGUUGUACACUCCGACUUGCUCAAUGACAUGGACAGUGCUUCCCAGCACGCUUCACAUAAUGCUUCUGGUUUCUCGAAUUUUUUGGACACUUCCUGCUCGUCUCCCUUCGAUGACCACUUUAUUUUCACCAAUAACUUACCGUUUUUAAGUAAUAAUAGCAUUAAUUAUAAUCAUAAUCAUAAUAGUCAUAAUAAUACCAAUAGCAGCAGUAGCAGUAACAACAAUAAGAAUACAAAUGCUAAUGCAAAUGCAAGCAUAAACACUAAUAUUAAUGUCGCCAAUAGCCCUCUGCUGAGAAGAAAUCCGUCCCCAUCCAUAGUCAAGCCUAGCUCGCGAAGGAAUUCCUCUGUGAGAAAGAAGAAACCUGCUUUGAAGAAGAUCAAGUCCUCUACUUCGCUGCAAUCUUCAGCUACUCCGCCUUCAACUAACGCCUCAUCCAACCCAGAUAUAAAAUGCUCCAACUGCACUACGUCUACUACUCCUCUGUGGAGGAAGGACCCUAAGGGCCUUCCUCUGUGUAAUGCAUGUGGUCUCUUCCUCAAGCUUCACGGAGUCACGAGACCGCUGUCGUUGAAAACUGACAUCAUCAAGAAGAGGCAGAGGUCCUCUACUAAGAUAAACAACAAUAUAACUCCACCUCCAUCGUCGUCUUCGAAUAUAGGAGCAGCAGCAACGAAAAAGAAAAACUACACGGCAAGUGUGGCAGCAUCCAAGAGGAAGAACUCGUUGAACAUCGUCGCGCCUUUGAAGUCUCAGGACAUACCCAUUCCCAAGGUCGCUUCACCCUCCAUCCCACAACACCUUCGCUCUAACAAUCGCCACCAUCUCUCGAGCUCAGCACCCAUCGGGGCCGAAACCUUUUCAAACUUCCAGCCUGAUAUGAAUAUGAAUAUGAACAUGAACAUGAACAUGAAUAUGAACCUCCACAAUACCUCAACAUCCGCUCUUAGCGGCGAGGCCUUCUGGAAACCUCUAGACUCCACCAUAGAUCAUCAUUCUGGAGAUACAAACUUAAACUCAAGCAUCAAUACCACUUCGAACGGCAAUCUGAGCCUAGAUUGGCUGAAUCUGAAUUUAUAG